CCGACCCGUCUGCGACCCGCCGGUGCGUCUCUCGCCGGAAAAGCCCAGGCGCCUCCAUGGACCCGGCCUACGACGAGCUCGAGCGCCGCAGCCGCUACCUCAGCUCGCUCGUCCGCCGCACCAGGCUCGCCGACCCGCCUCAGCCGGAGCCGGAACCGGAGCCGGAGCAGGAGCAAGAACCGGAACCUAAGCUGAAGGUGGAGCGAAAACCGGCGGCGGAGCCCAGUGACGGGGAGGGUAAGGGCGGCAAGGCGGAGGUCAAGCAGGAAAGGGAGGUGAAGGCCAAGGGGCAGGGGGGCACGAAUGGGGAGGAGAGGAAGGUGGUGGUGCGGGUGCGCGCGGCGGACAUGCCGCUGCCGCUGCAGCGGCGCGCGAUCUGGAUCGCCCGGGAGGUCGUCCUCGCCACGCCGCGGCUCGAGAGCAAGCGCCUCGCCCUCGCGCUCAAGAAGGAAUUUGAUACGACAUACGGGCCUGCCUGGCACUGCAUAGUCGGCACAAGCUUUGGUUCCUAUGUCACUCACUCCUUAGGAGGUUUCCUGUACUUCUCUGUCGACAAGGCAUACAUUCUUCUCUUCAGAACCGCUGUCGAGCCACUGAGCCAUCCUUGAUGAGACCUGGAACCUCACACACAAGUGUUGUAGAUUCAGAGCAAAUCUGUAAUUUAAGCAGCUGUAUUAGGUGCUCAACGGGCAGUAAGUUUAAGCAGUAGAGAAGGAUCACCUCUCCGCAUACAGAAAUGUAAAACAAACAUGGCUCUAUUGAAUUUUAAGUAUCUACCAGGCGGUUGCUGUAUAGCCUUCUCUGUACUGCUGACUGCUGAGUAUUGUUGACCUACGA